AUGCCGGCGCCAGGCAUGCCGCUGGAUGGGGGGACUUCGGACAGUGCCAUGCUACCGGAAUCAAUGACCGGUCAGCGUCGACCACCAUCUCAAUCCUCUUCCCCUAACCCAAAAGGGGACCGAGAAUUCCAGCAAAUGAAAAAGCGAGCAAAAGCUACGGUGCUAAUACCAGACAAUAACCCCGACCAUGAUGAGAUGCUCGGGGAUGGGGCGACGGGCAGCCACAACAUCCCUGAUACUUCCUCCCACCGCCGGACUACAUGGGGAUCCGUCGCGGGGGCGGCGAAAAGGUUAUUCAGUGACGCGGUGAUAAUGGAUUUGUGGUACACCGCGGACUCGGACUCAUAA